AUGGAGGAGCAAUCCAACAGGGCGCAUCGCCCUGCUAAAGAGAAAAAGAAGUACGACGGCCCGAAUCCGAAGGCUUUCGCGUUCUCGAAUCCUGGCAAAUCGAACAAAGCCGGUGCGAGAUCUCACGAUAUCAAAGAGAAGAGACUCCAUGUGCCUCUUGUUGAUCGCCUUCCUGAGGAGGCUCCGCCGCUCGUGGUGGCCAUUGUUGGCCCACCGGGGGUUGGGAAAACGACACUUAUCAAGUCCUUGAUCCGUCGAUACACAAAACAGACCCUCAGUACCCCUAAGGGACCGUUGACUGUUGUGACCUCCAAACGGCGCCGCCUUACCUUCCUCGAAUGCCCCUCCGACUCCCUCGCCAGCAUGGUCGAUGUGGCCAAGAUCGCGGAUAUUGUGCUUCUGAUGAUCGACGGAAAUUAUGGCUUCGAGAUGGAGACUAUGGAAUUCUUGAACGUCCUGGGCUCUCACGGUAUGCCCGGAAAUGUUUUCGGUAUCCUGACCCACUUGGACCUUUUCAAGAAGCAGAGCACCCUGCGUGCUGCCAAGAAACGCCUGAAGCACCGCUUCUGGAGCGAGCUGUACAAUGGUGCCAAGCUUUUCUACCUUUCCGGAGUUGUCAAUGGCCGUUACCCCGACCGUGAAGUGCACAAUUUGUCCCGCUUCUUGUCUGUCAUGAAGAACCCGAGACCGCUCAUUUGGCGCAACUCCCACCCUUACGCCCUCGCAGAUCGAUUCCUCGACAUCACGCCACCUACUCAAAUCGAAGAGAACCCGAAAUGUGAUCGGACAAUAGCGCUUUAUGGAUACCUAAGAGGCACCAAUUUCCCUGCUUCUGGUGCGCGAGUGCAUGUCCCAGGUGUGGGUGACUUGACUGUCUCUGGUAUCGAGUCUCUCCCGGAUCCAUGCCCAACACCCUACAUGGAUCAGCAGUUGGCCAAAGCCACCGGCAAAAAUAGCAAGCGCAGGCUGGGAGAGAAGCAGAAGUUGCUUUUUGCCCCCAUGUCCGACGUUGGUGGUGUCUUAGUCGAUAAGGAUGCUGUUUAUAUCGAUGUGAAGACCUCGAACUUUGAUCGCGGCGAUGAAUCCGACGAUGAGGAGCGUGGCUUGGGAGAGCAGUUGGUCGUUGGUCUUCAAGGAGAGCGCAAGCUUCUGGGAGAGGCAGACAGUGGUGUCCGUUUGUUCCGUGGCGGUGGUGCCAUUGGAAAAGCAGAUGACGAGGAUGAAGCUGUUGGCAGAAAGCACAAGAGGAACGUUCGAUUCUUGGAUGGCGAACAGGACAAUCAUGAUGCGGCGGACGAUGAUGAAGGCUUUGAAAGCGAUGAGGGUGAAGAGGAUGAGGAGGACGAGGAGGACAUGGAGCACGAUGAGGAAGAGGACCUGAGCGGCGAUGAGGAAGAGGUUGACGCUUCCGCGCCGCCAGAUUUCGAGGCCAAUUUCAAGGAAAGGCAAAACGGCAAUUCUCGCCAGAAAGAGGACGACAUCGCUUUUGCCGACAGUGACUCCGACCUUGGUUCCAUCUCGUCAGUAGAGGACCAGGUCCUCGAUAGCGACGAGGACGAGGAAGACGAGGAAGACGACGGUGAAGUCCGUUGGAAGGACAAUAUGCUUGCCAAUGCCAAGGCCCUCCAUUCAAAGCGCCCUAAGUACCGUGUCCCUGACUUGUCGCGCAUGCUUUACGAUGAAACCAUCACACCUGCAGAUGUGAUACGCCGAUGGAGUGGCAAGGAGGAGGGGGACGAAGACGACGAUGAAGAACCUGAAGAGGACGACGAUGCCUUUUUCAGGAAGACAAACGUGGAGGAGGAAGAAGCUGCGGAGUACCGUGCUGUUCCUGAGUACGACUACGCCAAGCUGGAAGCCAAAUGGCAAGAUGCAGAUAUGAUUGAAUCUUUGCGGCAACGCUUCGUCAGCGCCAAACUGUCUGGCGGCGACGAUGAUGAUUCGGAUGUUGAUGAUGCCUUUGAUGAGGAUGACGAGGGUGACGGAGAGUUUGAAGAUUUGGAGACCGGCGAAGCUUUCGACGGGUUUUCUGACGAAGAAGGCGCCGAGGACGAUGAAGCUGCAGAUGCCGAAGGUCCCGUCGACUUGGAUGCGGAGCGAGAACGUAAUGCGAAGAAGAAGGAAGAAUUGAGACUGCGCUUUGAGGAAGAAGACCGGGAAGGAUUCGCUAACUCCAAGGACAACUCCCGGCAGGCCGGUGGUGGUGGAGAAGAGGAAUUCGGAGAGGACGAGUGGUAUGAUAUGCAGAAGGCCAAGCUCCAGAAGCAGAUCGACAUCAACCGUGCUGAAUUCGAUAUGCUUGACCCGGCCUCGAGGGCUCGGGCCGAAGGUUUCAAGGCUGGUACUUAUGCACGUAUUGUGCUCGAGAACGUUCCUUGCGAGUUCGCAACCAAGUUCAACCCCCGCUUCCCCGUGAUUGUGGGUGGACUGGCCCCAACUGAAGACAGAUUCGGUUAUGUGCAGAUCCGCAUCAAGAGGCAUCGUUGGCAUAAGAAGAUCUUGAAGAGCAACGACCCUCUCAUCUUCUCUCUCGGUUGGCGCCGCUUCCAGUCUCUGCCGAUAUACAGCACUUCAGACAGUCGGACCCGUAACCGCAUGCUCAAGUACACUCCCGAACACAUGCACUGCUUUGGUACCUUCUAUGGACCUCUCGUCGCACCUAACACCGGUUUCUGCUGCCUGCAAUCAUUCUCAAACAAGACCCCGGGAUUCCGCAUCGCCGCUACAGGUGUCGUACUGAGCGUCGACGAGCAUACGGAGAUCGUCAAGAAGCUCAAGCUGACCGGUGUACCCUACAAGAUCUUCAAGAACACUGCCUUCAUCAAGGACAUGUUCAACUCGUCUAUCGAGAUCGCCAAGUUCGAAGGGGCUUCCAUCCGGACUGUAUCUGGUAUCCGUGGUCAAAUCAAGCGUGCUCUCAGCAAGCCCGAGGGUUACUUCCGUGCUACCUUCGAGGACAAGAUUCUCAUGAGUGAUAUUGUCUUCCUUCGCGCCUGGUAUCCGAUCAAGCCUCAUCGCUUCUACAACCCUGUCACCAACUUGCUGGAUCUGGACGAGGAAAGCGUCGGUGACAACGGCUGGAAGGCAAUGCGUCUCACUGGUGAAGUCCGUCGUGAAAAGGGAAUCCCUACCCCCAUGAACAAGGACUCGGCUUACCACGCCAUUGAGCGCCCCGAGCGUCACUUCAACCCUCUUCGGGUGCCACGCCAGCUGGCGGCUGACCUUCCCUUCAAGUCUCAAAUUACGAAGACGAAGGGCCGGAAGGACAAGACCUACAUGCAGAAGCGUGCUGUGGUCCUGGGCGGUGAAGAGAAGAAGGCACGGGAUCUCAUGCAGAAGCUUAAUACCAUGCGCAAUGAGAAGCAGGCCAAGCGCGCGGCCAAGCAAGAGGAGCGGCGCCAGGUGUAUCGGGCGAAGGUUGCGGAGGGUCUGGAAAAGAAGGCCGAGCGGGAGAAGAGAGAACGGGAUGAAUACUGGCGCCGAGAAGGUAAGAAGCGCAAGAACCAAGACAGUGAAGGUGGCGGGGGUAAGAAGCGCAAGUAA